CUGUCAUGUUGUGGUUUUAGGACAGUCAUGGCAUAGCCUGUUGCGUGUGCGCGCUCAAACAAUUAGUGGGGGGCGCGCGCGGUCCGUUGGUCAUGUGAAGGUCACUUUGUGGCGCUUCCUCUGACAUCAUGGAGUUUAGCGAUCCAUAUUAGAAUAGUCCGUCCCGGCACAUACACACUUGCAGACUGUCCACACAACUCUUUCCCUAUCCUCGCUCCGUCCGUCCUGUUUGUGCGCGGAGGCGCUCGCCCUUCGGCUGCUGGUGUAAACAAAUAUGUCGGCAAAAGAUCAGAAAAGUUCCAACGCCAGUAAGAAGCGGCCUAGGAAUGAUGUGGGGAACAAGGUGACUGUUGUUCUUGGAGGACAGUGGGGCGAUGAAGGCAAAGGGAAAGUUGUUGAUCUGCUCGCGACAGAGUCGGACAUUGUCUGCAGAUGUCAGGGUGGGAACAACGCAGGCCACACUGUAGUGGUGGAAGGGAAGGAAUAUGACUUCCACCUGCUCCCCAGCGGCAUUAUCAACUCCAAAGCCACCUCAUUCAUUGGCAACGGGGUCGUCAUACACCUUCCUGGUUUAUUUGAAGAAGGAGAUAAAAAUGAAAAGAAAGGACUCAAAGACUGGGAGAAGAGGCUGGUGAUCUCUGACAGGGCCCACAUAGUGUUUGACUUUCACCAGGCUGUGGACGGACUUCAGGAGGUGCAGCGACAAGCCCAGGAAGGGAAAAACAUUGGAACCACAAGAAAAGGAAUAGGACCCACAUACUCCAGCAAAGCAUCUCGGACCGGCCUGAGAAUCUGCGACCUGCUGUCAGAUUUCAAGGAAUUUUCUACCAGAUUCAAACUACUUGCUCAGCAGUAUCAGGAUAUGUUCCCUACUCUUGAAGUGGAUACUGAGGCUCAGCUCAAGAAACUACAGGAGUUUGCGGAGCGUAUUCGACCAAUGGUGCAGGAUGGCGUCUACUUCAUGUACGAGGCGCUCCACGGCGCCCCCAAGAACAUCCUGGUGGAGGGAGCAAACGCAGCUCUGCUCGACAUUGACUUUGGUACAUAUCCCUUUGUGACCUCAUCCAACUGCACGGUGGGUGGCGUGUGCACUGGCCUGGGAAUCCCCCCACAGAACGUUGGAGACGUGUACGGGGUGGUGAAGGCCUACACCACGCGCGUGGGCAUCGGGGCGUUUCCCACAGAGCAGCUCAACGAUGUCGGGGAGCUGCUGCAGACGCGGGGUCAUGAGGUGGGCGUGACUACAGGGAGGAAGAGACGCUGUGGUUGGCUGGACCUGGUCAUCCUCAGAUACGCCCACAUGAUCAAUGGUUUCACCGCGCUGGCUCUAACCAAACUUGACAUCCUUGACGAGAUGGACGAGAUCAAAGUUGGAGUGGCGUACAAACUCAACGGCAAACGAAUCCCAUAUUUCCCAGCCAACAUGGAGGUUCUGCAGAAGGUGGAGGUAGAGUAUGAGAAGCUGCCAGGCUGGAAGAGCGACACGUCACUGUGCAGGAGGUGGGACGACCUGCCUGCCAAAGCCCAGAACUACAUCCGCUUCGUGGAGAACCACGUGGGCGUGCCCAUCAAGUGGGUCGGCGUGGGAAAGUCCAGAGAAUGUAUGAUCCAGAUGUUCUAGAACCUUUCAAACCCCUGCUCUCGCUCUCGCUCUCUCUCUCGCUCUCUCUCUCUCUCUCUCUCGCUCUCUCUCUCUCUCUCUCUCUCUCUCUCUCUCUCUCUCUCUCUCUCUCUCUCUCUCUCUCUCUCUCUCUCUCCACAUCCAUGUAUGGUGCUACUCAGGAUGUAUUUCAUGUUGACCCAUCUCCAUCUUCGCCUGUGACUGUGUCAGUUGUCAUAAACUGUUUUAAUUGUAUGUCGGUGACACGACAUAACAAACAAGCCAUCUGAAUGACCUCAGUCAAUGGUUGUGGUCCAUUCACAUGCAGUAAUACACUGAACGCACUGAUAUUUAAGGUCAAAAUGACAGAGAGCUAAGACACUGCCAGGCAAUAUUGUUUACCUCAUUGAUAAAAAAAAGUAUAAAUGUGGGAUGGCUUGACUUGCUCUGUUGCAAUAAAAAAUAUUUUA